AUGGACACAGCGCGGGCAGCAGUUGCUGCAGGGGCCCAGGAGGCGCCUUGCGAGGCCGGAAGGCCCCUAGCUGUAGCUGCUGCUGCUGCUGCUGCUGCUGCUGCUGCUCCCAGCAGCGAAAGCAGCAGCAACAGCAGCAGCUGCAGCCAGGUGAGCCUCUCCACGCAGCAGCAAGAGUCUGCUGCUGCUACUGCUGCUGCCAGGUCAGCAGCAGCAACCGGCGAUGUGCCCGCCGGACCUCCCAGCACAACUCUCGUGUCCACAGCAGCAGCAGCAGCAGCAGCAGCAGCGCGGGCUGGCAGCAGCAGCAGCAGCAGCAGCAGCAGCAAACCAGCCGAAGACAUCCAGUGGAAUAGCCUUCUCUGCAAACAUUUUCUCUUCGGCCGCUGCGCUCGAAAGCGCUGCCGCUUUUUGCAUGCAGAGGGCGGGGGGGCUGAGGCGAAGGCAGCAGCAGAGCCUGCUGCUGCUGCUGCUGCUGCUGCUGCUGCUGCUGCUGCUGCUGGGGCUCAGGCAGCUCCUGCGCACUCGCAGCACCCUUACGAUGUGCCGCUGCCGCCGCCGCAGCAGCAGCAGCGGCAGCAGCAGCAGCAGCAGAAUGGAGACUGCAGCAACGGCGCAUCCAUGAGAGGGCCAAACAGCAAUGGCAAAGCCGGAGAGGACACCCACCCUGGCAACAGCAGCAUUAAGCAGCAGCAGCAGCAGCAGCGGCAGCACAGGCAGCAGAAUCGGCAGCAGAGGCAGCAGCAGCAGCGUGCUCAGCAGCAGCAGCAGCAACAGCAGCACCACUACUACAAAGGAAGAGGCGCAAUGUUGCUUCCCAGCUACAACGGAAAGGGGCCCCUGCAAUCUGCUGCUGUUUUGGAGGCCCCCAGCAGCAGGGGGGCCCCUGCUGCAGUGCCAUUCUGCGGGCUUGGGGACAGUGGCAUGUCGCCUGCUGCAGCAGCAGCAGCUGCUGCUGCUGCUGCAGCAGCAAACACGGUUCCCGCGGGGCUGGGCGCUUCUGCUGCAGCAGCAAGCGGCGCUGCUUCUCCCUUUUGCUUCUCCGCGCCUUCCUGGGGCUACACGAAGCCGGGCCUGCCGCCCUGCAGCAGCAGCAGCGCAGCAGCAGCAGCAGCAGCAGCUGCUGCUGCUGCGCUGCGCGGCCACCGGCGGCCAACUGAGGAGCGGCUGCGGGAGGGAGCAGCACUGGGGAGGCGGGGCAGCCUGGGCAGCCUGAAGGCCGCGCCGCAGCAGCAAGCAACAGCAGCAGCAGCAGCAGCAGCAGCACUGGGCUUCCGCAUAGAAGGGGACUUGGGGGCCCCCCAGGGGCCCCUCAGGGACCUCCGGGGGGUCCAGGCAGCUGAGGGUUUGGCUGACAAAUACCAAACCCCUUUUGUUUGCGUUUAUUUGCCUUCCACAGGAUAUUUAAUUCAUUUUCCGGGGGCCCGGGAGUCCGCAGCAGCAGGGGGAGCAGCAGCAGCAGCAGCAGCAGCAGCAGCAGCAGCAGCAGCCGCGGGCGCCAACGCCCCGCAGGCCAACUUGCACCCGAAGGGAAAGAGGGACCCCCACGACUUCUGCUCCAGCACGCGCAUGCAGGAAGCAGGAGCAGCAGCAGCAGCAGCAGCAGCAGCAGCAGCAGCAGCAGCGCCUUUCUCUCCUUACUGCUGCAGCUCGGAGUACGAGCAGCAGCAGCACCGCCACCCGCAGCAGCACGCCAUCCCCAACAAUGCGCUGGAGCAGCAGCAGCAGCAGCAGCAGCAGCAAAGGCAGUGCUUCUCUAGGGGAGCGCAUGCAGCAGCAAAUCUGUACGCUCCGCAGCACCAGUUCGUGGGCCAGCGGCAAAACUCGGGCUUUCCGCUGCAGCAGCAGCAGCAGCAGCUGCUGCCGCUGCAGCAGCAGCCGCUGCUGCUGCUGCAGGAGCAGCUGCAUGGCCUGUGCAUGCCGUCUAAAGCAGACGCAAAGUACCCUUUAGGAGGCCCUGCUGCUGCUGCUUCCUUCUUCGGGGGGCCCUGCAGCAACGAGCAGCAGCAGCAGCAAAAGCAGCAGCAGCACAUGCUGGGUGAGCCCACCACAGCAGCAACAGAAGAAGAAGAAACAGCAGCUUCACAGCUUACUCCCGAAAGCAGCAGCAGCAGCAGCAGCAGCAACGGCAGCAGCAGCAGCGGGUCUUCCUGCGAACUCCUCCAAAGACAGGAAUCCAAGCUGCAUGGAGCUGCUGCUGCCCCUGCAGAACAAGCAGCAGUGGCUGCUGCUGUUGCUGCUGCUGCUAGAAAGCGAGAGCAGCAGCAGCAGCAGCAGCAGCACAAGUCCCUGUGGGGAGGACCCGGGAUAAGUGUACCGGCAGCUGCAGCGCAGCAGCGGAAUUGUUGGGCGCAGGCCGCUCACGACCAGCAGCAGCAGCAGCAGCAGCCGCAGCAGCAGCAGCAGCAGCAGCAGCAGCAGCCCUUCUGGCUGCCCUCUCUUGAGGCCCUCGAUGGGGAGACAGUGUGGCAAGCGAGGGACUGCAGCGGAGACGGAGCUGCUGCUGCUGUUGCUGUUGCUGAAGCAGCGAGUGUAGCUGCGGGCAGCAGCAGCAGCAGCAGCAGCAGCAGCAGCAGCAACGGCGCUCUCGGCGCCUCCAAAAGGAGAGGCGGGAAGCAAAACCUUUUUGCUGCUUUUCAAGACGAAAGACACGCAGCAGCAGCAGCAGCAGCAGCAGCAAGCCCCAGAGAUAUGGGAGAACUCGCGCAGCUGUCCCCCACAGCAGCACUUAUAGCAGCAAUUUGGGGGGCCGAGGAGCCCAACUCCCGCCCAGUUUCAGUUUCUAAGUACCCGCAGCAGCAGCAGCAACAGUAG